UCCAUCCGCCAAGCCCACGCCUAUAAAUGUCCCCCAGCACGGUCGCCUUCCCAGUAGAUCCGCCACUUCCCAUCCAAUCCUGCGAGCACCCGAUCAUCAAAACCAAACUGCGCACCGAUUUUGAUCACCCCCGGUCCAAUUUUGGCCUUCCAAAUCCAAUCGAUCGCCCGCCUGGCCAAGAAUUCGAGUUCAAGAUGGGCAACUGUUUCCACACAGCUCAAGGUCGUCGCGGCGUCGACGCCGUGCGUUGCACCAAGAAGAGCGCGGUGCCGGUGGAGGAGGAGGAGGAGAAAGCUACUCCACCGGUGAAGGAGGUGAAGAUCAGGAUCACGAGGAAGCAGCUGGAGGACCUGCUGCGGCGCCUCGACCAGGAGGAUGGCUGCAGCGGCGCCGUCAUCUCGGAGCUCCUCUGCAUGACGAGCGGCUCCAAUUUCCGGCACAGGGGGCAGGCCGCACAGUGGACGCCGGCGCUGCAGAGCAUACCGGAGUGAGAAAUUAUCCUCCUGCCGCUACUGAUACAUAUUGCUAGUUAUACGGGCGGUUUAUUUAGUUAGUCGCCUACUGGUGUGCUAGUGUAUUAUUAUUAUCAAUCCUGCUCGGAACGCACAAAUUGUGACGAUCCUUCAUUCCUGGUAGGUCUGAGAAUAGAUGAGCUUGAGAUAAUCUAUGUAAUUAAAGUAAAUAAACUCGUGGUGCAUUUUAGACAGUAUGGUGACAUGUAGAAAUAUAGGCAUAUAAUAAGUGAAUGUAAAUCGAGAAUUGGUAGCUAGGAAGCCUAGGAUGGCUCCUUCCAUUGCUUGCUAUGUUUGAUUUUGAUA